AUGUCUUCGUAUCCAAAAUCAGGACGUAGUGAUAGUGCUCGUCGUAGUAGACCACGCAAAAGAUCUUUUCACGGAAAUCAGUUUUCAAAUACUGAAUCAAACGAGUGUGGUGAUAAUAACGAGAGUAUAAGUGCCAAAAAGCUAUCAAAUACAAUGAGUGAAAAUGUAAUUGUUAACCCAUUACAUUUUUAUAGAAUCAUAGAAUUUUUUACCGUCUUCACAGCUUUAUCGGAUAUUCUUAUAUGUCGAAACUGUAAACAGAAUGUUAAAUUUGCUGAAAGUGGAAUACGAGGCCUCGGAUUCAAGCUCGUUGUUAAUUGCAUGUGCGGAUCGAAACAAAUUCCAUCAGGUCCUUUUAUAAAUAAUGGAUUUGAAAUAAAUCGUAGGAUAGUUUUUGUCAUGCGACUCUUGGGUGUUGGCCGAGAGGGAAUUAAUUUAUUUUGUAAUUAUAUGGACAUAGGUACUGGUAUCUGUGAAAAUACUUACAAUUCGAUAUAUGAUCAUAUUCACAGUGCUGCUAAAAAAAUAUUUGAAUUUUGUUGUAAGAAAGCUGUAGAUGAAGAAAAAAAAGAAAAUGAGAAGCACGAAAGACCUCUUCUUAAUUUUAAAGUAUCUGGUGAUGGAACUUGGAGGAAACGAGGAUUCAAAUCAUUAUUUGGCGUUACAACUCUAAUAGGCUAUUAUACUGGAAAGGUUGUAGAUUUAGUUGUUCGGAGUAGUUAUUGUCAUGCGUGUGCAAUAUGGAAGAACAAACCGAAAACUUCACCGGAAUAUAUAGCUUGGGAAGAAAACCAUGAUGAAGAAAGCUGCACACAAACACAUGAAGGAUCUGCGGGAAGUAUGGAAGUUGAAGCUAUCAAAACGAUGUUUACAAGGUCAGAAGAAUUACACGGAGUAAAGUACGGUAAUUAUAUAGGCGAUGGAGAUUCCAAAACAUUCUCAGCAGUGAUAAAAUUGAACCCGUAUGGUGAUGAACUGACAGUAACUAAAAGCGAAUGUAUAGGUCAUGUGCAAAAAAGAAUGGGAACGCGACUCCGGAGCGUAAAAAAAGAAAAACAUUUGGGCGGAAGAGGAAAGUUGACAGAAGUUUUAAUAAAAAAAUUAAGCACUUACUAUGGACUAGCAAUUAGGAGAAAUGUAAAUAGCGUUGAAGACAUGAAAAAUGAGAUAUUGGCAACUUAUUUCCAUAUGAUAUCAACAGAUGAUAAUCCACAACAUGACAAAUGUCCAAAGGGUGUAGAUAGCUGGUGUAAGUGGAACGAAGCUAAAGCUCUGGGGACAGAACCUCCAAAACAUCCGACACCUUUGCAUCCUGACGUUCAAAAAGCGAUUUUUCCAAUUUAUCAGGAUUUAUCCCGGGUAGAUUUAUUGGAGAGAUGUUUAGGAGGCCAUACUAAAAAUGCUAAUGAAAGUUUUAAUUCAACUAUUUGGCGUAUGGCCCCUAAACAUUUGCAUAGUGGUUUAAAAACUAUUGAAAUUGCUGCAUACUUGGCUGCUUGCUUAUUCAAUGAAGGCAGUUCAAGUAUUUUAUUAGUCAUGAACGAGUUAGGUCUCAUCGUUGGGAACAAUAGCUUCAAUCACGCACAACAAUCCGACAGUCAGCGCGUAACCCGUCAGAAUCGACGCAGCUCCUUGGACAGUAAAGAAGCCCGAAAAGCACGAAAAGAAAAGCUACAAGCUCAAAAUGAAGCAUAUGAAGCUGAAGAAGGCUUACAAUAUGGUGCUGGAAUAGCUGAUUAAUUGAUAAAAAUUAUGGCCUCCAUGAUGUACACCAGUUGCGAAGUCGGACGACAACCUACGAGAUGUAUCAGCUGAUAUCUUUACUACUUUUUAAGUUUUAUUCUUGUAAAUGUAAAUUUUUACUCUUCAAUAUAUGUAUAAAA